AUGGCGGUCUGGCGCGCCAAGUUGGUUGAUGCAGAUGUGCAGGGUGGCGUGGCAGAUGCUAUUAUCCGGGCUGGGUAUGACUCAGAGGAGCUCUUCUGUGGCGCGUUUGUGGACCAGGCAGCGUUUGAAGGGUGGAUGGCUAAAUUUCAGGCCAAACUCCCAGAUGCAGCGCUCACUGGUUUGGCGGCCGAUGAGUGGAAAACGCACCCAGUGGCAGCCAGGUUGCGUAUUUUUUGGAAGUCUGCAGCGGCGUUGGCUACUCGAUCCGCUGAGACGGCUUUGGCUCUCCUGACGCCCAACUCCGGCGCCAAAUUGAGCCCCAGUGAUCGGGAGAGGAUGCGUCGCCAGCUUGAGAAGGAUUAUUCCUCAGUGCAUGUGACGGCAGAGCUGUGCUACCUGAAUACCAUUCAGCAGCAAAAGGCGGACCAGCUGUGGGAGUGGCUUCCCUGGCGUCGCAUCCUAAGCGAGGAACAGCUUCUGGAAGUCAAGGCUCGUCGCAGCCGGACUGGCAGCGACUCGCAACCAGAUGAGUGGGACCUUGACAUUGCAGGCGCGGCCCUACGGGUUCAACACUUGCUUGAAACGCGGGCCCACGCCUUCGCGAUGAUAGGGGUUGCCCUGAGCUGCGCCUGCAGUGGAGCCGGUGUUGUGGGCGGAGACGCCGGCGCGACCGGCCAGGAUGCACUGCGGCUGCAUGAUGGGGGUGGUAUCCACUCCGAUGCAGAUUGGUUUUAUCCUCGAGCAGCUGAUUCGCUAAAGCAGUUGCGGCGCCUGUGGCUUCAGCGUAUUGAACAGUGGGGCCUGGAGCAAAGGCUAGUCAGCGCAAUAGCGUCAGGAGCGCGUAAUCCAUUGCUGAGUGAUGGAGAGAUACAGCAACUUCGUUUUGACGUUGUUUCUUUCUUGAGAGAGCAGGGGAUUGAGCGUUCUGAGCGUGUUGUGCCUGGUCAGCCGCUUGCACUUGAGCUCUGGGAUGGUCUAUUUACAGUCACGCAGGAUGUGGAUGCGGAGCUCCCUCGUCUACUAGAGCAUGGUGUGUCUACAGGCGUUGUGAACACAAUCCCGCCUUCCGGCGUAUGGCGCGAAGUGGAGGUCGCGGAGCGGCCGGAUCUGGAGCUGCUUGUGCAUGAUGCGCCUUGGGGAUCAGGGCGGAUUGCGGCUUUGCAGAAUGGCCAGUUAGGGCUAGUUCACAAGGAUGGCGCGCCGCCGCGACUUGUAGGCGACAGCACUGUGUCUAACGCUAAUUUGCUCUGCCGGGUAUCUGAGAAGAUCGAGUUGCCAGCGCUGGAGGAUGUUGCGCAGCUUGUUUCGCGCCGUCCGAAUGAGGACUGGACGGCCUUCGUGCUUGAUGUCAGUAAGGCGCACAAGCGCGUGAAGGUGCGUCACUCUGAGCAAGGGCUGUCUUUAUUUACUGUUAUUGAUGAGUCUGGUCGUACACAUUGGCUGGUCUACAAAACCUGUCAUUUCGGCUGCGCCUGGGCGGCCUUCUGGUGGGCGCGUGUUGCAGCAGGGCUGAUUCGAUUAACGCGCGUGUUGAUUGCCAUCAUAUCGCAUUUCCUGUCCAUCUAUGUUGAUGACAGCUUGAGCCUAUUGCCUUCGAGCUCCGCGAAAGUAUUAGCUUGUUUGCAGAUCUUGCUGGCCUGUGCCCUUGGCGUGCCACUGUCAUGGCAUAAGUUGUAUCUUGGUAAGCAGGUGCGCUGGAUUGGCUGGCUCUUCAAUUUGGGAGGAAAGUUGUGUGCGACUCUGCCCGAAGAUAAGUCAGUUCGGCUAGUGGCCGCUUUAUCGGCAGUGGCGCGCGUAGGCUCGCGUCACAGCAGGAUGGCCAUUUGGUUCCGAAUGCUGCUGAAGCCGGUGUUGCGCUUUCUCCCCUUGGACCGGGCCCAGUUGGCAGAAGUGCUGGAGUUGUUGGACAGUCGUGCGAGACUCUUACAGCGGGCACAGUUGUGUGACGCCCAAGCCGGGUGGAAGCUGCUGGAGUGUGGUGGGCAGAUUGUUUGGAAUUCAUGGUUUCAGGAUUGUGAAUUUAAAAAUGGUCGCGUGUGGGUGAAGUUUGGGGACUUUGAUGCAAGCUGCGUCCAGGCCACGAAGGAGGAGUCUAGCGUUGCUUUGUUCUUUCUCCGAAUAGUACAAGCCACCUCACCAGUCCACCUUGUGGAAAAGGAGGGGCCGUGCGUUGUGGCGGCUGCUGAUGCGUUUGCGGAAAGGGAUGUGGCCGGCCUGGGGGGGUGGUGGCUCCCGCCAGGCUGUGCGCUGAGCUUGGCCAAUGUCAAGUAUUUUUCGUGCUACAUACGCCGGGUGGAUUUGCCAACCUGGUUCUUGCAUGAUGAUGACGGAAAGCAGGUACAGUCGCUGCAAUCCUGCAUUUGUGCCUUGGAGGCAUUGGCGCAGCUAGUCUUGCUGGAUGCUCGACUCCGGGAUGGACAGUCGCGCGCUUCGCUGGGCCGU